UGAGCCAAUUAUCAUACGAGUCCCGACUCUAGUGCAGUUUCGACCGGUGCUUUUUUUAUGAUAACACGGAAAGUGUGAAGCUUCAUCCGGACCGUCAACAGCAAGCGGCAAUGGAUUGGCUGAAAUUGUUCGCUCUUCUGGUUGCUGUUGCUUCCGUACAAAUCACGGCAGAUGGGCCUAAGAAAAAAAUUCGAAUACAUCUACCGCAAAAGGUGAAGCACAUACACCAUCAUAAGAAAAUUUACAUAACGAACCACCCUGCACCAUCGCAAUAUGCGCCCGCGUUCCUAACGGGAGUUAAAGGGGGGGUGGCGCAGCCAUCAAACUUUCCGAAGCCUACAGUGACUGGAAUCCUACCUUUUAAUUCAGUUCAGCUGUACGAAGACGGCCACCCGGGGCUUCCACAAAUCUCGCCGGCUGCUUCCAAACUGCUUCCCUUGUAUCGUGCCCGCGGUCGCUACGGGCCUGAACACCAAGAAUGGGAAGACCAGGAAUACGACGUGGAAUCGCCGCGAGAGCACAAAGAUAUUUAUGCACCUUCCGGCUACUCGGCUCCGCCGCAAUCUAAUGCGGUCGCUUCCGUAUCUAACCAUCCGAAAAGAAUCAAAUAUGUGAAGGUGAAUGAAUUACCUCGAAAAAAAGUGAUUCGGAAAAAGCCAAAGAGAGUAAUAGUCCGUACUAAACAGCAGCCGCAUCAGACACCGCCACCGCCUCCUACAGAAGAAGAGCAUCCGGUCUCAACAUACCACGAGCAGUUCUACUCGGAUUUAGAAGAAGCUGGCACAAUAAGCAAAAUUAAGAAACCACCACGAAUAGAAAAAAUUGUCGACGGUGAUACCGAACAUAUUCAUACAUAUAGCGAAGAACACAUUCACAAAGUAGUAUUCGACGAUGAUUCCAAAGUUACCGGCAUCGUCGGUGUCGAUCCAGAUGGUAGUAUGUCUGCUCUCAGCGCUUCCCACCCGCUGAUUCCUCUCAAAAACUCACAGACUUUGGUUGCCGUCCCAUCUAACAAUUUCGCAGAUUUAGCAGUCGUAGGGUCUAUGGGGACACCAUCUCAUUUGGAAUAUGCAGCAUAUAGUCCUCACGACGUCACACAUGACCAUAUUUUUCACGAUCAUGGUGAAAUACCUUCCAAUAUAGAAGUAACUAAAGAAACUUUGCGUCUGCCGCCGAAGAUUUCCUACAAUAGUUUGGGAUUGCCAAUAUCUACUUCCAAGAGAGCCCCAAACAAACAUCGUCUGUAUAGCAAACCAACAAAGCCAACAAAUGAUUUUUCUUAUUAUGAAAACCUAUAUAACACGCCUGGCUUAAUACCGAAAAAGUUGCAAAAACCCACGCCAUAUACCGUUUCGUCUGAAGGCGACCUAAACGAGUUCCGGCCCCUUCCCUCAAUCCGCUUCAAGGAAGGUAAGAAAAAGUAUAAAAACCGUCCAUAUGGAAAACAGAUAAUACCUAACUUCCAAGCUAGUGUGCCAUCACCUUUCGCCGUGUCGAGCACUGUCGUUCAUGAAUACGAACCUAAGCAUUACGGUCCUGCGCCAACGGGAUUUUCGAAAUUCAGAGAUAGCUUCAGCGAUUUUAAGGACUCUUAUAGUAGUGAUAUCGAUUACGACACAUAUGCCGCUUCCUCGAACAUUCACACCUCUGAAGAUAAAAAUGAUUCCGCAAUGACUUACCAACCAAAAGAAAAGAAGUCUGUAUCGACACAGAACAUUAGCUUUGGGGGACAAGAUCUUCAAACGUACGUUGAUCACAUAGGUUCUGCUAUUGUACCAACUGAGAACGAGGAGCCUACGGCGCUGGAGCACCUGCAAAACAGCUUUGACUUCAACACGGAUUCAAUUUCUCCCACCCCGUAUACUAUUAGAGAGACGUCGCCGGCCCACCCCUACUACACGGUAAUGGCGUUGAAAGCUUUCCAUGGAGGUCAGCCUGAGGCGUCGAACAAUAACGAGAUCUACGCUGCACCACCUGAAACGACAAUCGCUGCAACUGAGUCUGCUGUUUUAAACACUACAACUAGUCAACCACUUGUGCAUUACUUUAAAAUACAAAGUACUGACGCCAUUACACCAGAACCAAACUUAAUGCAAAAACCGAAUAAGAAGCGUAGAGAGAAAAGCCCUGGGCACCGUAGACACAGGUACUUAUUGGCGGACUUCAGAGACGAGCAGCGCUUGGCGGCUCGACACCCGAUGCGGCACGGCAAUAAGCAUGACUACCUCACCGAUACAAGUGGCCGAGGAAACCUUAAAUAUGGUGACAAAAUCUGAUCAUGAACUG